CUGAGAGAAUUGUCCACUGCGACAAUGCUUUUGGACAAAUAAAAUCUGCUAGCAAAGACACAGGGGUUUCCUUAUGAAUUAUGAAAUAAAAAUUUUGAAUCACAAUUUUUAGCGUUGUAAGAAUAUCAUUAAGGGCGUGGUGAAGUAAAUGUACCGGAGUGGAUUUUUUUUUCUUUUUGCUAGGGCGCUCCAAAAUUGUAUCUCCGAAAUAAUGUCACCACUGCGGAAAAAUUCUCGGACUCGUUCUCUUAAAAUGUAAAACCAAACGAGUAUUUCCUUUCUUUUUUUUAAUUAUUUCUCGAUUUAACUCCAUGUUCGCAUCAUCAUGGACAGGGAUGCUUACCGCAACUGUUGCAGUCUGGUCAAAAUCCCUCGGCAGUCCUACGACCAGUUCUGCUCGUCGCAUUUCGUCGACUACAUCGACAAGGAUUUGUCUUACUCCAAAUUCUUCAAAAGGUACCUGCUUCCCAAUCACCCGUGCGUCUUUUCCAAGGGAUUUACUGAGGAGUGGAAGUGUAGGAAACAAUGGGUGACUGAGGAGGGAAAGCCUCAUUUCCAGAAGCUGCUGCAAGAAUUUGGGGAAACUCCCGUUCCUGUAGCCAACUGCAACGCAAAAGAAUACAAUGCAAACCCAAAGCAAGUGAUGCCUUUUAAAGAAUUCAUCCACUACUGGAAGGAGCACAUCCAGAAUGGACAUUCAUCCCCUAAAGGAUGUCUCUAUUUGAAAGAUUGGCAUAUGUCCAGGGACUUUCCGGAGCAUCACGUUUACACCACCCCCAUGUUCUUUACCUCUGACUGGCUGAAUGAAUACUGGGACGCACUUGAAGUGGAUGACUACCGCUUUGUCUACAUGGGGCCCAAAGGAUCAUGGACUCCAUUCCACGCUGAUGUUUUCCGCUCGUACAGUUGGUCGGCCAACAUCUGCGGCAGGAAGAAGUGGCUGCUGUAUCCUCCUGGCCAGGAGGAGUUCUUGAGAGACAUGCAUGGCAACCUCCCCUAUGAUGUCACGUCGGCCGAGCUUCACGAUGGGAGCCUUUUCCCGCGCUCCCAGGAAGCCUGCCAGCCUCUUGAGAUCAUCCAGGAGGCUGGUGAAAUUAUUUUUGUGCCCAGCGGAUGGCACCAUCAGGUUUAUAAUCUGGAGGACACCAUUUCCAUCAAUCACAACUGGCUGAAUGGCUGCAAUGUGGACAUCAUGUGGCAGUUCCUGCAGAACGAGCUGUCUUCGGUGCAGAAAGAGAUUGACGAGUGGAGAAACACCAUGGAUUCAUGGCAUCAGCACUGUCAGGUCAUCAUGAAGGCCUGCUCAGGCAUCGACUAUAAGGAGUUUGCGUCGUUCCUCAAAAUCGUGGCGGACAACCGCAUGACUUUCUUGAACGCUCGCAGCUCCGGAGACGCCACCGACUAUCCGCGCCACCUUUCCGAGGCGCUCGUCACCCUCGGGCCUUGCCACGCUGCCUUCGACUUGCAACGGGUGGCCCACAUCCUGGAGCUCCUGCUGUGUAACGACGAUUUCAAGAGGCUGGACCACUCGGCGUCCGUCGUGCAGCCGGAAACGUUGUUGCAGCAAAUUCGGGACACCAUACAGUCCACCAGAGGGCAGCAUCUUCUUUAUCAAGACUGAGAGGUCGAGUGAAAUGGGGUUGCAAAGGGCAGACGUUUUUUCUCGUAUGAAUCCGUUAACUUUA